AUGACACGACUAAAUACAGCGGCCUUUAAUCGUGCUAUCAGGGAAAAAGAAUUUGGAAAAGCACGUUUGAUUCUGAACGAUUGGGAGGGGUCGCUAGAUGAAGUCGACUGGGAUGAUGCAACGAAGGAAGGGACGAAGAUGACGGCAUUGUCCUGCGCUGCGGAGGCUGGCUCUAUGGAGCUCGUGAAUUCACUUCUUGAAAGAGGUGCAAAUGUAACUGCGGAUAUUGUUGGCCGUGGUGAUGGCGAGGGGCCCGUGGUGAAAGCAGCCAAAAAUGGGCAUAUCGACGUUGUCGAGCUUCUUCUCAGCAGAGGAGUCAAUGCUGACUUGGCGUCUGACAGCCCCGCGCUCGAAUGGGUAGCUAAAGGCCUUGACUAUAUGUAUGAUAGGGCAACCGAAGCCCGUAGCUAUGAUAUGGUGAGACUCCUCGUUUCACACGGCGCCAGAGUCGAUAAUAGCCGCGGGUUCAAAUUGUUGGCUGAGGCGUCUGCAAAAGGACAUCUUGACAUUGUCAAGCUCAUGGUUGAAAAGGGCGCAAAUGUAGAACGUGACAACGAGUUUGUCGCAUUUACGCCUUUGUCAUCAGCUGCUAAAUUUGGACAUCUUGACAUUGUCAAGUUCCUGGUUGAAAAGGGCGCAGAUCCGAACUGUCACGACUAUGCCUUUCAUACGCCUUUAUUUUUAGCUGCUGAACAUGGACAUUUUAGAAUUGUCAAGUUCCUGGUUGAAAAAGGCGCAGAUCCGAACGGUCACAAGCACGGAUAUGGCACGCCUUUGUCAUCAGCUGCCAGAUCUGGACAUCUUGAAAUUAUCGAAUUCCUGAUCAGAAAGGGCGCAGAUCCGAACCAUUCAAGCGCAUAUGGCUCCGCAUUAUCAUUCGCCAGUCAAAGCGGACAUCUUGAUGUUGUUAAGUUGCUCAUUGAAGAAGGCGCAAAUCCAGACGCUUCAAACAAUCACGAUCAAACACCGUUUUCAUUAGCCGCUAAAUAUGGACAUCUUGAGGUUGUCAAGUUCCUAGCUGGACUAGGUGCAAGUUCGGACAGACCAGAUAAGAGUGGCCAAACACCGUUGUCAUUAGCCGCUGAAUAUGGACAUCUUGAGGUUGUCAAGUUCGUCGCUGGACUAGGUGCAAGUUCAGACAGACCAGAUAACAGCGGCAUGACACCGCUGUCACUUGCUGUUAAAAGUGGACGUUUUGAAGUCGUUGAGUUUCUGGCUGAGAACGGUGCAGAUCUCAAGUCAAGUGCUGGCUCAAUCUCGUUAUUCUUAGCUGCAGAGAAAGGAUACAUGAAGAUCCUUCAGUUCCUGGUUGGGAAGGGCGCAAUUCUUGACUCUGUCAACCAUGAUACUGAGCAAACUCCUCUUCUCAUUGCUGUUGUCAAGGGACGCAUGGAAAUCGUCAAAUUUCUGGUUCAACGCGGCGCAGAUCCAAAUCUUAUAGACCGUUCUGGCCAAACUGCCUUGUCUAUCGCCGUUGAGAAUGAGAAUUUUGAAAUCGUCGAGUUUCUGGUUCAACAUCGCGCAGAUCCGAAUCUUCAAGUUGCGUUUGAGGAAACCCCCUUGUACGUCGCUGCCAAGAGUGGGAAUGCUCAAAUCGCCAAAUUCCUAAUUCAAAACAAUGCCGACCCAGAUGCGAUAUGUUCAGUGGAACGAAUGCCCUUGAGAUUCACUGAUUCGGCUGAUUAUAAUGAAUUUGUUCAGCUCAUACUUGACCAAAUCCAUGGGCGAGUACCUGGAGGAACAACGCGCCCGCCUGAAGGAUCUCUUAUCAACAAAUACAAAGAUAUCGUGGAGUGUAUGCAUAAUGGAAUUACCCCAUCAUCCGGGUACAACAUACAUUCAUGGCUUUUAUGGGGAGCUCGAUAUGGUCAAUCGGCCGUGGUAGAUAGUGCGAUCAACGCCGACGUACAACUUGACAUAUGCAACACGCACGGCCAAACAUCGCUAUCAUUUGCAGCGAAGUAUGGGCAUCACGAUAUCGUCCAUAUUCUACUUGAUCGCCAAGCACGCGUCAAUUCCAUAUGUACGAGUGGCGAGAACCAUGGACGCACGCCGCUUUCAUUUGCUGCUGAAGGUGGUUUUUUAAGCAUCACUGAGCUACUGCUUAGUAAAGGCGCCGAUCCAAACAUCAAAUCUAUAGGCAAGAAUUGGAUGGGUCAAAAUCCUCUAUCCAUUGCUGCAGCAAGAGGUCACUGGGAAGUUGUUCGAGAAUUACUUUCAGCUAUUAGCCCUGGACUUGAUGUUGCGGAUGCGGCAGGAAGAACACCUCUAUGGUGGGCUACGUCGUGCGGCCACGCGAUUACGGUGGAGAGAAUCUUGCAUCAUGGCGUCUCCGUAGACCUACAAGACAAAGACGGCGUGACAGCUCUGUCCAUAUCCGCAGCCAAUGGCCACGAUGAAGUGGUGCGACAACUGAUCGGUCGGAGCAACCUGUCUAUCAAAGAUAACGAGGGCCGCACAGCGCUUUGGAGAGCUCUUGUAAAUGGACAUACUGAAGUGGCCCAGAUUCUUAUCAAGAAGGAUGAUAUCACAUUACACUGUUUGGUACAGGCUAAGGAUCUGACAUCAGCCCGAGUCUUGCUUGAGAAUGGAUACGAUGUGGAAAGAGUCAAUAGUGAAGGCUUGACCCCUUUACGCUUGGCUUUGUGCCUCCGCGACUCUGAUUUUGCAGUAUUGCUACUGAAACACUCAGCAUCCUCCAGGAAUAUCUCAGUCAAAGAGUGGGUUGACACCUUUGCUGGAAAUCAUUCUGAUAUUCCAGAACUGUCGGUGUUACAAGAUGGAAGUGGACAGCUACGUUUACUCCAAGAUAAUUCUUCUACGACACCCACGAAUGCGAAGAAGACUAUCAAGUAG